AUGUCGAAUUCAGUUCUUUUAACGUUAAAAUAUUGGAUGAGUCAUGAUUGUUUUAUUCAUCUUGAAACAUUAUAUAAUUUAAUAACAAAUUGGAUUGAAAAUGAAGAUGAUGAAGAAAGUCAAUCAUCAAUUGAUUUAGAGAUAUUUUAUAAAAAAUCUCAAAUAAAUAUAAAUGAUCAAGAUGAAGAUAGUUUACAACUUGAUAAUGUUCAACGUUUAUCAACAAUGAAACAUAUUAUUUUUCUUGAUUUAGAAAAUUUUUCAAGAUUUUUUCAACAUUUAACAAAUCAGUUACCUGAUCACACUUAUGUUAUGGCUUUUCAAGCUUCAAAUAUUCAAUGGAGACCACCAAAAAAUGAUAUUGUUUAUGAUAAUUUAUUAAAUUUAAAUAAUUUUCAAUUAAUGCGUCCAAGUGGAAAUCGACAUGAUGCUGCUGAUUUUGCUCUUGUUCUUACUUUUGGUAAACUUCAUGGUCUUCUUCCUAAAUCAAUUCCAUUUACAAUAAUUAGUGGUGAUAAAGGUUUUAUUGAAGUAAUUCAUCAAUUAAAAAAUUCUCAUCGAAGAAUAAACUGGUUUAAUCCUCAUCAAUUUUCAUAUGAAAAUUUUAAUCAAAUUUUAAAUAUUUCAUCAACAUCUUCUUUAAAUCUUUAA